GGCCGCACGUAACAGCAUCCUCCAGUCCCUUCGUCGGCGUCCCUCUCUUCCUCAUUCUCCGCCUCUCUGCGACUCGGCUCUCUCGAGUCUCGUCUCUGUCUCUUUGCCUCAAGUUCUCUCCGCCUCUCAGUCUCUGCCCAGUGCCCUCUCGUCUCUGUCUCUCUGCCUCACUCUCUGAGUCUCUGCACAGACUGCACCUCCCCUCACUGGCCGUCGCACAUACCGUGAGCUCACGGCUUCGAUUCCUCUCGGGUGCUACCACUUGAAUUUAUUCUGACAAAAAAGAAAAAGGAAAAUGCAUCCUCCUUUAACACUGCACAAGCACCCGAUGUGCGCCGAAAUUAUCGAGGAGUUUCAGAAGUGUCAUAUAGACCAUCCUAUUGGAAAGUUCUUUGGUGAAUGUACGGAUUUGAAGAUAAAGCUUGAUCGAUGCUUUAGGGAGGAGAAAGCUCUAAAGCGGAAAGCUAACUUUGAAGAGAGUAAGAAAUUAAAGGAAAGGCUACAAGCUUUCAGGAAGGAAUCUGCUGAGAAAAGCCCUGAAGAGAAGAAUUUUGUGUGAAGUCUGAUGGCAAAGUGAAACACAAAGUCUUCCUGAUAAAAAUAAGCAUUUGACAUGAGGCCUUCUUACCCAAUCCCAUAAGAUUUUAAUGUUUUAGGGAACAUGAGACAGUUUGGCUAUUGUAUUUUGGUUGACAUUUCUUUGCACAUGAUGUUUUUAUGGUGCUUAUUUGUUCCGCUAGAUUCAAAGGCAGUAUAUUUAUUAGGUCAUUUGAUUAAUGAUAUAGGUUUUUUUUUUAUUGG